AUGGCGCGUACUGUGAAACGCCGACUGCGAAUUGAUCGAUUAAUUACUCCGACUCUUUCUCCAGCAAGUUCGAUGCCUCUAUUGGCUCCUUCAUCAACAUUCUCCGGUGAACGAAAAAACAAGGCAUCAACUCCGACUCAAUCUCCAUCUUCUUACGUCUUUUUUAGAAACUUAUGGCUAAAAUUCAAGUGCAUGGUUUCUCAUUUUCUUUCUUUCUCUUUUUGUUACAAGCCAUUCUAUACUUUUGAAGAAAAAAGCAAAUGGGAAACGAUGAAGGAUAGAAACCUGGAGUUCCAGAGACAUCUGCAGAGUGUGAUGAAGAUUGGGGUCAUUCAAUAUUUUAAAACAUCCAAAUCGGUUACCUUCCAUUUGGCUCUUAUCUUCUAUCAAUUGUUUUAUAAAUUUAUUGACGAAAUGAAGGUGAGGUGUGUUUUGCCAUCUUUGUGGGUCCCACAAGAUCGUACUAUUGAAUGCAAAUCCUGGCAUGUCAAUAUGAUACUGGCCAAAAUAUGCCAGAAUCUAUUAAUAUAUUGGAUUUAUUAGAAAGAUAAUGAAAGAUGGGCUCUGUUAUGCCGAUAAGGUGUUUGAUGUAUUGCCUCACUAAGUUAUUUGAUUUAUUUGUAUUGAUUGUAACAUGG